AUGGCACUAACUGAACCAAGAAUCCGCUAUAUUACCUUUGAGAAAGAUUACAGCGUUGCAAUUCUCCACACAGAGAAAGUAACAUGGCAAGAUGCCUUCCAGAACUUCCACUUGAAGUUCGGACACAUCAACGAACCACAUUCGCCUGUCCAGCAGCCACAACACUUGGAUCGAAGACAAAUCUCCGACGAAACAACGCCAACAUCAACCUCCGCUCCACUGGACCUGACAGCAACGUCUUUGAUCCCCACGGACACCUCGACCGCAACGUCCACUUCCCUGGCUAUUGACCUCAGCCAUGGUGUCCAAGACUCUUGGUUUCCUGACACUGUGCAAUCCACCGGCACCCAGCUCCCCAUCAAAAUCGGCUGCAAAGAAUGCAGCACCAACGGCACUUUAAGCCUCGCGCAGGGCGAGUGGAGCGUCCUCUCCCCGGCCGACUGGAUUGGAGUCGAGGACUUGACGGACAUCGUCUCUGCCGGAAAUGUGCAGCUCGCUGUUGAAGGGUUCGUUGCGCAUGUGGAGGUUUCGAUCGAGCCUAGUUUAAAGGGAGACAUGAGUCUGUCCUUGUUCAAAAUCCCGGUUUUCGGAUUCUCGAUUCCAGAGCUCGGGUCUGGCGGCAUUCUCUUCGAGCCAACAUUGUCCUUGGGAUGGGAAUUGUCUGGGGGCAUUGAAAUGUCCUAUGGUUUUGAGUUGAAGAUCCCGAAUCUUUCAAUCAACCUCGAUUUUGCAGACCCGACCUCCUCGAAUGUGACAGGGCUUGACGGCAUAUCCAUCACGGACGUCCCCUUCCAAGCUAAUGUCUCCGACAUCGAUCUCUCUCUCAGCCUCUCUCUCACGCCACGAAUUACGCUCGGCAUUGAAAUCCUGCACGGCUUGUCCGCCGAAGUCGGCACAUCCCUUGACCUCCCCAAGGCCACCGUCGCCAUUACCCAGCUGGCCACGACUUCCGUAAAUGCCAGUUGUGCAGAUUCGAGCGAAGCGCCAGCCUUUCAGGCCGAUUUUGAAGAGCAGUUCCACAAUCUGACUCAUGUGGCCAUGGGUGUCGAGUUGGGCGCGGGCUUCGACAUGAGUGCCCGAGUCGAUCUGCUUCCCAAUCUUGCCUUCUCUAGCGCUUUGGAGCUGGCGACUGUGCCUGUGGCCGCACUCCCAACGCGGUGUUUGGUAUUCCAGACCGACGCCCCUUCGGGACCGGGGUUUACACCAGCGGUAUCAGCGCUUGCACAGGUCCAGGCUCGAGCUGUGGCUUCCGCAUCUGCUGCUUCGGCCUCUUCUGCUUCUGCUGCUGCAGCGUCUGCCGCCGCCACAGACCAAGGCGGGUCAGCUAACUCCGCCGAAAAUGCGGCACCAGGUCAUAUGGGUGCUUGGCUCGAUUCUCCGAUGGAAAGAAUGUGCUUUUAUGUGUUCUUGGUCAUGGCUGGCCUCUUCAUGAGUCUGUAA